AUUACUAAUUCAAUAUGAGCUUAAGACUGUGUUUAAGACCAAUAGGUUGUUUCAUGAUAAGAUAAAAAUCUACUAUCAAGUAAAUCACACUCUUACCUACUCGAAGAUAAGUUACAUCUGCUAGUGGUAUUAUAUUGUUGUUUGGAUUUUAUUGCAAAAUACUAUUGUAUAGUAAUCACAUUUCCUUUAUUCGUAUACUGUCAUGCCGGUAACGCCCUAUUAAACUGUAAGAAUUAGUCAUUUCACGGAAUGUGCGAUAUAAAUAUUAUUUGAAUCUAGAAAGUGAAGGGUUGUGAAACGUAUUUGACUCUUGUUUUAUAAAAUGGAUAGCAAGGGAAGAAAAAUUAUUGUCUGUGAUAAUGGAACCGGGUUCGUCAAAUGUGGAUAUGCAGGAGCAAAUUUUCCUGCUCAUAUAUUUCCUUCGAUAGUUGGACGUCCAAUUAUAAGGGCCGUUAACAAAAUAGGAGACAUCGACGUGAAGGAUGUGCUUAACAUGCCUGACUUAAUGGUCGGAGAUGAAGCGAGUAAACUUCGUUCUAUGUUAGAAAUUAGUUAUCCCAUGCAAAAUGGAAUUGUUAGAAAUUGGGAGGAUAUGUGUCAUGUUUGGGAUUAUACAUUUGGAAAAGAAAAAAUGAAUAUUAAUCCUAAAGAAUGUAAAAUUUUGCUAACUGAACCGCCAAUGAAUCCUAUCACAAAUAGAGAGAAAAUGAUUGAGGUGAUGUUUGAAAAAUAUGGAUUCGCUGGAACAUAUAUUGCGAUACAAGCUGUGCUUACACUAUAUGCUCAAGGAUUAAUUAGUGGGGUUGUGGUAGACUCCGGGGACGGAGUAACACAUAUUUGUCCAGUAUUUGAGGAAUAUGCUUUGCCUCAUUUGACGCGUCGAUUAGACAUUGCUGGUCGUGACAUUACUAUGUAUUUAAUAAAAUUACUUUUAUUACGCGGAUAUGCCUUCAACCAUUCUGCUGACUUUGAAACGGUCAGAAUGCUUAAAGAGAAAUUAUGUUAUAUUGGAUAUAAUAUUGAAACUGAAGAAAAACUAGCUCGCGAAACUACUGUCUUAGUGGAAUCUUAUACACUUCCAGAUGGUCGAGUGAUAAAAGUAGGUGGUGAAAGAUUUUCAGCACCAGAAGCAUUGUUUCAACCUCGUUUAAUAAACGUUGAAGCUCAGGGAAUCGCUGAGCUAGUAUUUAGUACAAUUCAAGCAGCCGAUAUCGAUAUCAGAAGCGAAUUGUACAAACAUAUUGUUCUUAGCGGUGGAAGUACGAUGUACCCAGGACUUCCAUCUAGACUUGAACGAGAGAUCAAGCAACUUUAUUUGCAGAAAGUUCUCAAGAAUGAUACAUCCAAACUUAACAAAUUUAAAAUCAAAAUCGAGGACUCACCUCGACGCAAAGAUAUGGUGUUUAUGGGUGGUGCUGUAUUAGCUGAAAUAACGAAGGAUCGAGAUUCCGUAUGGAUAACUAAAGAAGAAUACGAAGAGAAAGGUCUUAGUGUAUUAAAGAAAUUAGGAUCCUAUGAAUCUUAAGGACAUGUUAUUUUAGUGCAAGGUGCAACAGGAAACAAAAGUUAAAUUUCUUCAGACUAAAAGUGAUGCGGUCGCCAUUGAAAUAUAGUCAAGUUGUUUUACAAACUACAAAUUACUUGAAUGAUAAUAUAAGACAGACAGACAAAAUGCUUGAGUUUGCUGUAAGGGCUAUGUCAUGCCAAAUAGAAUAUUUAUUUUGGUUAUGCAGAUUAGUGCAAUUAAUAGAGCUAUAUAAUCAACCUGUAAGAUCUCUUCAAAUGGGAUAGUGAAGAACUAAAUGAAUUUUUAUUUUAAGUACAAUUAAUAAUCGGAUGGAUCAUUAAAAAAUAUAGAAAAUUUUUUACUUGGAAUUACAUAAUUAUUUUAUACUGUACAAACAAUUUGAACACAAUUCAUAAUCUCUGGAGCUUUUCUUUUAUAUGCAUUCCACAAAACGAAUUUUGUAAAUAUAACUUUUAUAAAUAUCAUCUUUUUUUUUUCAUUUAGUCAAAUUUUACAUUUAUUAUCGAAGCCAUAUAGCUGCUUCUCUGCCAAAAUAAUAAAUAAGAAAGACGACAGUUUCCUAUAGAUCCUAACUUCGGUAAAAUAAACUUGAUAAUCGGUGCAAUGGCUGAAAUUGUUAUUAAGGAAAAAACAUUGAUUGAUUUACUUCUAUUUCUAUAGACAUACAUCAUAGUAAUUUAUUCAUAGGUUGAAAAUAAAAAAACUUAGAUAAAUUAAUUAAAUAAGCGAUUUAUAUUGUAUAAUAUAAAAAAAAAAGAAAAAAAAAUAUAAAACUACAAUUAAGUAAUAGUUUAUAUAAAACCUUAUGCAUUUAAUAAUUUAAUUACUCUAAGGUAUUAAAUAUUUUAUGAAAUUAUAGAAGAGGGGGAGGGAAGAACAUUUUUUAAGUUUUUUUUCUUAAGUUUUCUCACAUUUUACAAAAGACACGAAUUGUCAAAAAAUUGUCUACAUUGUUCUUGUAAAAAGUAGAUUUAUGGAUAAGGAAGGAUAUUUCAGUGUUCAUUUCAUUUUUAUUGUUACUUAAAUAAAUAUUAAGUAGAAUUAAAUGUAUUUCUUCUAAAAAGUCUUCCACGAUAAUUUCGAGAUCUUAGAAAUUAAUUGUUUGCAAAGAAGACACACAUAAUCUUUACAGAUAUAUUUUGUUGUUGUCCUCUUAAUAUGAUAGUUGAAAUGAAACAUAUACAAGGUUAAAUUGAUUUUGAAUUCCUUUAUACAUAGCUUUUAAUACAAUGGCAACAUAAAAUAAUUCCAAAUUAUGAUUAAUCUACAACAGUCUUUAUUAUGCGUUACGCCAUAUAUGCGGGGGGAACCUUUAUAUUAUGUAUCUAUGUACACCAUUUUUAUGUAUAAAUAAAAAUAACAGUUUAAUUUGUAUUA